UUUUCAUAUGUUCGCUUCACUAGAAAAUUUGAGACUUUUUGGCGGAAGUUUACUCUUUUUUUCUAUCAGCAGCCCUAAUGCGCCGUGGUUUUUGUUGUUUUCCAUGUGUUUUAAUUGGACCGCGGGUUUCCCAGCUGGUCCGGUUCGGUGCCACUGGGUGACCCAGCCCGGAUGUCUUGUCUCUAUCCGCCCUCCCUCGGACCACCGACGCAGUGCCAGGCCCGACCAGCAGCAGCAGACGCACCGCGCCUCACGCACUCCACGCACACUGGAAGCCAGCGGGAGGAUGCUGCUGCUCGCACCGGCUCAGAGAAGCUUCCUCCGCGGGGUUCGGCUGCAGGCGGCGGCGGCGCGGCUGUAGGAUGCACCGGACCGGACCGGGUGUGCUGGAGCGGGCCUGGCUGAGCUCGGCUGCUGCUCUCCUCCAUCACCAUCAGUCCUGAUUCGGUUAUUUUAUUUUUUACUCCCAUCGCAGUGUUUUUAUUUCCAGGUCAGAACCAGUGUUUCCUGUGCGGUCGUUUGCACUGAAAAUGGCCGGAGAUGGCGGCGCUCUGAAGGAUAUCAAUGAGAUUAAAUCCCAGUUCCGGACCAGAGAGGGCUUCUACAAGCUGCUCACCCUCUCCGACUCGCAGCAGCGGGGCGGCCUGCCGCGGGGCCCGACCGCUGGAGCCACGCUGGGGCCCGGCGCAGGACCCGGACCGAUCCCCGGCGCAGGGGUCGGGCUGCUGCAGGGGCCCGGGGCCGCCGCAGCCUCGUCCUCCUCCAAUGCGGCGGCCAACUCCUCCCCGGCGGGCUUCCUGCCGCCUGUCCGGGUCUCCAUGGUAAAGCUGCAGCCCGAAGACCCGAGCGAGGAGUCGGAGCGGGUGUGCUUCAACAUCGGCAGGGAGCUGUAUUUCUACACCUACACCAACAUCAAGAAGGCCGUGGACCUCAGUAAACCCAUAGACAAGAGGAUCUACAAGGGGACCCAGCCAACGUGUCACGACUUCAACCAGUACUCGGCCACGGCGGAGAGCGUGGCGCUCAUCGUGGGCUUCUCCGCCGGCCAGGUCCAGUACCUCGACCCCAUCAAGAAGGAAACCAGUAAGCUCUUCAACGAGGAGAGGCUGAUCGAUAAAUCCAAGGUGACGUGCCUAAAAUGGCUGCCCAAGUCGGAGAACCUGUUCCUGGCCUCCCACGCCAGCGGUCACCUCUACCUGUACAACGUGGAUCAUCCGUGUGGAACCACCGCUCCGCAGUACUCGCUGCUGCGGCAGGGCGAGGGCUUCGCUGUUUACGCCUGCAAGAGCAAGACGCCGCGCAACCCCCUGCUGCGGUGGGCCGUGGGCGAGGGCGGCCUGAACGAGUUCGCCUUCUCGCCGGACGGCGUCCACGUGGCGUGCGUGGGUCAGGACGGCUGCCUGCGCGUUUUCCACUUCGACUCGAUGGAGCUGCAGGGCGUGAUGAAGAGCUACUUCGGCGGGCUGCUCUGUGUUUCCUGGAGCCCCGACGGGAAGUACCUGGCCACCGGCGGCGAGGACGACCUGGUGACCGUCUGGUCGUUCGCCGAGAGCCGGGUGGUGGCGCGCGGCCACGGCCACAAGUCAUGGGUCAACGUGGUGGCGUUCGACCCCUUCACCACUUCGCUGGAGGACGACGAGCCGAUGGAGCUCAGCGGCAGCGAGGAAGACCUCCACCAGGGGGCGCAGAAUAACUCCACGCACUUCGGCCGGGUGCGGACGAGCAGCACGCUGUCGCGGCUCUCGCGGCACAGCUCGAAAGGCGGCGGCUCGCCGUCCGUCACGUACCGGUUCGGCUCGGUGGGUCAGGACACGCAGUUCUGUCUGUGGGACCUGACGGAUGACGUGCUGUACCCCCGCCUGCCCCUGUCCCGCGCCUUCACCAACACCUUCGGCCCUUCGCUGCCCAACUCUGGCAGCGGAGGGGUCAACAGCAGCUCUGGCGGCGGCGGGAUCGGAGGCGUGGAGGGGCACCAUCACCCGCCGGGCGCCAACACCGGCAGCGCCAACCCGCCGACGCUUCCCCUGCCGCUGCCCCGCUCCCUGUCCCGCUCCAACUCCCUGCCCCACCCGGCGGUGGCGAAUGCCUCCAAGGGUCCGGGCGCCUCCGAGGGCGGCGGCGGUGGCGGCGGAGGAGGGGGCAGCGGCGGCGGGGGCAACAGCGCCCCCUUCAGCAUCGGCCGCUUCGCCACGUUGUCCCUGCAGGAGCGCAAGUCGGACAAGUCCGGGAGCGGCGGCGUGGAGAAGGAGCACAAGCGCUACCACAGCCUGGGCAACAUCAGCAAGAGCAACGACAAGAUCAACGUCGCCCCCCGCAGCAACCGGCUGGACGGCGCCAAGGUGCUGGGUACCACGCUCUGCCCCCGCAUGCACGAAGUACCGCUGCUGGAGCCGCUGGUCUGCAAGAAGAUCGCACACGAGAGGCUGACCGUCCUGGUGUUCAUGGACGACUGCAUCAUCACGGCCUGCCAGGAGGGCCUGAUCUGCACCUGGGCGCGGCCGGGGAAGGCGAACCUGGCAGCACAGAACGGGAACUCUCCGAGUGGAACGGUGGUAUAGCUGGAGGAAAAACUCUGCACUCAUCCCUCCUCCUCUUCUGUUUGACGCCUCCUUCCUCUUCUUAAACCUCCUUUUGGGGCCAACGACCAGAACCAAACCCUCGGCGUCUCUGAUCGCUGAAACUCUGACCCUGACUCCUGGACUUUCUCUGAAAAAAAAAAUCUCAUAUUUAUUUCCGUUUUAUGCAAAACUUACAAGUCGGUAUUAGAGAAACGGGGUUAUGCAGAAUAGUUUUGAGCUGCUAGUGUCUUACCUGCAGCAGACGGGAGUCAGAGAGAUUUCAGGUGAAACUCUGAGAACAGGAACCAUCCAGGAAUUAUGACUGAAAUCCUUUAAAUGCUUAAAUUUAUGUUUUAAAUGUGCUUAAAAUUUAAUUUUUUACUUUAAGUUGGAUCUGUAGAAGUCUGCAACCUUUCAGACGUAAAGUUUUAUUUGAAGUUUUAUCCCUGGAGGAAGCCGUUUGUUAUUACCAAGUAUGCAGAGAACAUCUUCCAGAUGAGAUUUCUCCUGACUGUCCAAACACCUGACUGCUGCGUACUGCAGGUUGAGCUGGAUUUAAAUGCUGCAGCGUUCAGGACGAAUUCUCCGCCUUCUUUCCGCUCCUCUUCCUCAGCAAAGCCUCGGCUUCAUCAUGCAACAGAGCCACGGUCGUUUCCUUUAUUUAUUUUUGCCACAGGACUGCGUAGUAAUUUAUACUGUAAAUAUUAAAAGCUCUAUAAACGCAAACGGGAGAGAAUGACUCUGCAGCGACGGAGGAGAAAAAAAACAAGAUUAUUAAUAUAUGAAGAAGCUUCUAUUGUACAUAAAGUGACUGUCUGCUGUUUAGGGAGCCUGGAAAUGCCACUGUGUUUUUAUUUGGUGUUUUUGACGGAGCGGUCCGGGUUCAUCCUGCACACAGACACACACACACACACACACACACACACACGAGCCCGUCACGGUGUAGCAUCACUGUCACCUGAACUGCCUCUUGCAACAUUUUGCACAUCCAAUAAAUCCACAGUGCACAGCUGCGAGCGUUGGGGGGAAACGUUGCUUUGAAGAAGGAAAAAGAAACCUGGAAAUCUGAAUCACUUCUGUUUGAAUUUAAGAUGCAGUUUAGAAGCCUUAAGGAGCCGGCCAGAGACAUAAGCAAAAUAUGCUGCAGCUUAGCGGCUCCACAUUGAAAAAACACAAAAUAUUUCCAACUAUCUUUGGUGUAGUUUCUAGUGCAAAUAUCUUAAAUAAGACAAAACUUACAAGUAACUUUUCAGCAACAUAUAGUAGUCAGUUAUUAUUUGAAGUUGCAGAAUGUAACUUCUAUUUUAAAAAUGUUUUGAUUUUUAUAUUUUUGUUGGUGUUUUCUCCAUGUCAGUUUAGGAGACAUAAUUUGUGAAAAAAUAAAUAAAUAAAAAAUCAAGCUCC